AUGCGCGCAGCUGCGCCGCCUGCGGCCGCGGGUGGCCCUGGUGACGUGGAGGUGACGCUGCUGCCUGAGGAGCUGGAGGGCCUGGACGAGGCGGCCGUCAAGGCGCUGUACGAGGAGAAGGCCGCCGAGAUGAGGGCCGCCCAGCGGAAGGAGGACUUCUCGGACAUGGUGGCGGCGCAGGCCUCCCUGCAGAAGCGCAAGAUCCAGCAGCGCGCCGACGCAAAGGCCACCAAGAAGGGCAAGGGCGGCGCCGGGGCAGACUUCAAGUUCUGA